AGAUUGCCUGACUUAAUCAUGCAAUUCUAUCCGGUUAUAAUGAAAGAUCUUCUCGUUGAACUUUAGUUUACAAACAAAUCGUUCUCGAAGAAACAUCAUGAAACAUAAAGUCGUAACGUUUAUCAUUUUAGUUAAUACAAUUUUAAUAAAUUGUCACGUGACCAGUAAAACAAAAAAUGUUGAUCCAACUACAAGUAUGCCUUUGGAAAAUCAAGCCCAAAAUGUGUCAGAAAAAAAACUUGGUGAAAAGAAAAAAGAUUUAGUGAAAACGUUUAAUUUAAAUGACAGUCCUGUUUAUCUCGAUGAUGUGUUAUUUUCUUUGAAGAAUCAAAACUGGACGGAUGAAGAACAACCCUGCUUGCGGACGACGCUACUGUUAUUGCAAAACCUUCAAAACUUCACUUUAUGGGCUGUAUGGAAUUGGGAUGCAAUAUCAUCAGAACCUCAAGGUCUACUUUACGGAAGUAGGUUUCAAUUGGGAAAUUUUGAUCAGUGUAUGAACGCACCUUGGUACAAAACCCAAACGGAUUUAAGAACUCAGUACUGCUUAGCAGAUAUUGCUCUGGAGAGGACAGAUAAACCUGUGAAGAAGCGAAUAUCUGAUCCAUUCGAUCCAUAUCAAUCAGCUUUGAAUCUUCUAGAAUACCAGUCUGUCUUUCGUCGGCCAUUAAAUGAGCUGACAUGGGGAGUGUGUGUGCCAGUUGUCUGCCAACCCAAGUCUGUGGAGAGACUUAUGGGCACUCUCCUGGCGCACAGUCAUCUGGGCACAGCGGGGCUUCGCGCGCACAUCUCUGUUAGUGAAUCAUGUCAGAAAGCAGAUGAGCCAAUGCAAUUUGAUGGAUUGUUUUUUGCUUUUAUUGGAGUCAUGGGAUUUUUGGUGGUUAUUGCGUUGAUAUGUACGUUCAUAAAGUUCAAGAAGAAGGAGUUGAAUCAAAAUAGAAUCGGGCAUAAUAUUAUCGUUGCGUUUGAUAUAAAAACGAACGCAAAGAAUUUAUUGAAACAAUCUGGAAAAGAACUUGAGGUGUUUUACGGUAUUAAGUUUCUGACAAUAUGUGUGAUUGUCUCAGCACACCAGUAUGGUAUAUUUAACGGGGGACCAGUGAGCAACGGCUCAAAGUUAGACGAGGAUAUAUUAACUAUAUUGGGAAUGAUGUUUUUGCACGAGGACAUCGUAGUGGAUUCUUUUUUUCUGCUAUCAGGUUUUUUAACAGCUACAUUCCUCGUAAAAGCAAAAAAGUUACCAAAUCUAUUUUUCCUCUUUGUGAAGCGAUACGUAAGGUUAGUCGUAGCGUACGCUGUUGUCAUAUUCUAUAUUUGCGCAAUAUUUCCCUACACUGGGUCUGGCCCGCUGUGGAACAGAGCCAUAGCUGGUGACACAAAUCAGUGCAGGAAGAACUGGUGGCUCAGUCUUCUCAUGCUGAGCAACUACAUUGAUAGCGAGAACAUAUGCCUGGUCGUCAGCUGGUACAUUCCUUGUGACUUCCACUUUUUCGUACUCACGGUGACCUUGUACUGGUUCUACAAGAAAUGUCCAUCUGCUGGUAAAAUACUAGCGAUUAUUGUCACCGUAGCUGCAGUGCUUACUCCAGGAAUCAUCAAUUAUGUAUAUAAACUACCCGCGAUACAAUUAUUUACUUAUGAUUUUAUAACAAACCCCCGAGGACCGUUGCAGUUUCACAUGACGUACAUAAAGAGCCACACUCGUUAUGCCGCAUAUCUCAUUGGUUUCUUUAGUGGCUACUUAUACGUCUAUUGUGCAGCCUCCGAAAACCUUAAUAGGAUGCCAAAGAAAUGGUCAGUUUUUGGCGCAUGUCUCAGUUUCAUCGUUAUGGGAGUAGUGAUGUUUACCGGACCUAUGUUCCUUUGGCGCAGUUAUGAUGUGCUAGAGAGCGCCGUGUAUGCCGCUCUCAACCGACCAGUAUGGGCUAGUAGCGUAGCACUGCUUGUUAUGUGUCUGUCCCUUGGACAAGUUCCCCUCAUCAAGAGCUUCUUAAGCUGGUACCCCUGGGUACCGCUGAGCCGCCUCUCGUACGGUCUCUAUCUCAUCCACACGGUGUUCAUAGCCCGCAACGUGUACGUAACCCGUAACCCUCAACAUCACGACUACAUUAAUAUUAUGACAUACUGCCUCGGUAUCAUUUGUGAAGGCUGCCUGGCAGCUCUUGUUAUUUGGCUUUUUGCUGAAGCUCCGAUCAUCAAUCUUCUAAACAUUUGCUUCAAAUACAGUGUGAACAAACGAGCCGAUGAAAAAUCUGAAGAAAAUGCAUCUAUAAACGAAGGAAACUACAAGACAAUUAAUCGUAGUCAUCUACAAGAAAAUUUGCCUACGGCAAUACACGCCGUUUCUUCAAAGAUUUAAAAAACAUAGCUUGUGGUACAAACUAUAAGUAUAUAUAUAAAAAUUUUGUGUCUAAAAAUCCAACAUUCUCAA